AGCGAAGGAAAAAAAAAUGGGGGCAAUAAUGUAUGCAUAGGUCAAGUAACUCCCUUGCAAUUCGUUACGUAAAUUCUCCUCAAAGCAAAGGCCCUCCGCUUUGCUAGAGCGCUCUCUCUACCUUUCGCAGACGUUCAAAAACUGUACAAAGCACCAGCGAUCACUUCUGUUCUUGUUAUACUCUUAACCUCCCACCAAGGAAAACCCUUCAAUCUCUCUGUCAGGAACUCAUCAAACAUGUCUCUUGCAAUCAUAGCUUUUGCUUCCCUUCUCACAAUCUCCCUCCUUUCAACCCCAUCAACUUCCUCUCUCGAGUCUUUCAUUUUCGGUGGAUGUUCACAGCUCAAAUACAUCUCGGGUUCUCCUUACGAAUCUAAUGUCAACUCGCUACUCACCUCCCUGGUUAACUCAGCCACCCUCACCAACUACAACAACUUCACCAUCCAAAGUCCUUCCUCCUCACAGGACACCCUCUAUGGCCUCUUCCAGUGCCGCGGAGACCUUUCCAAUGGUGACUGUGCUCGCUGUGUCGCUAGCGCAGUGAGUCAACUCGGCACUCUCUGCAUUGACUCUUGCGGUGGCGCGCUGCAGCUCGAUGGUUGUUUCGUUAAGUAUGAUAAUAUCAGUUUUUUGGGUGUGGAGGACAAGACCGUGGUGCUGAAGAAAUGUGGGCCGUCGAUCGGGUAUGAAUCUGACUCGUUGACCAGGCGCGAUGCCUUGUUGGGGUACUUGGGAGCCAGCGAUGGGUCCUACAAGCCUUACAGGGUGGGUGGGUCCGGCGACAUCUACGGUGUGGCACAGUGUGUACAGGAUUUAAGUGCGAAUGAGUGCCAGGAUUGCUUAUCGGACGCGAUCGGACGACUGAAAACGGACUGUGGGCCCGCAGCUUCGGGUGACUUGUUCUUGGCCAAGUGUUACGUGCGAUUUUCGGAGCGUGGAGCUCACUCUCACGGUGGAAAUGAUAACAACAAUGAUGAUGAGAUAGAGAAGACACUUGCAAUAUUAGUUGGACUUAUUGCUGGGGUUGCAUUACUCAUUGUAUUCCUUUCUUUCUUGAGAAAAGUGUGUGAAAAAGGAAAAGGUGGUAAAUAGCAGAAAAACUUGUGGACAUAUCAGGAAUUGCACUUCUCUCUGGUAACUUUUUCUUUUUUUUUUUUUGCUUCACUUUUGUAUUGUGAUCCUUUUGUAGUUUCUUUCAUAUCUCCCUAUAAAAAGAGAGCCUGAAAGGGUGGAUAGAAAGCUAUUCUUCUUGAAACAGGUUACCUUGAAACAAGUGAAAAAGAAAGUUGCAAUAAGGCGAAAAGCCUAAAGAUUCCACACUCUUCCUACAACCACUUGAGUCUUAUAACAAUGUUAAUUAGCUUUUGUUUUCUAAUGAAAUUACUUGUAUAAAUAGUGAACACUUUUAUGAAAGUGCUCUUUGUAAUGCUGUGUUAGUGCCUUUGCCGCUGGGUGUUUAUAGAGCAUUAAAGUCUUCAUUUUUCAUCCAA